AGUCUGCAGACUUUAGACAGUGUCACACAGAGUUAUGCUUCAACAGACCGAACAACUUCCACUUAAUGUUAUUCGUUCAAAUCCUGCAUCAUGGGAAGCUUUUUCAGCAUAUUCAGAAGCAACGAGACUAAAGACAGACAACCGUCAGCACUGAGUUGGGACCGUGGAUUACAAUGUAUAUCAAGACCACACACUGACGAGACAAAGACAGGACGACACACUGGCACCACAGUGAACCUUGUUCUUUUGGGAAUGGCAGGGACUGGAAAGAGUGCCAGUGGGAACACCAUCCUUGGACAGAAACUCUUUGUUUCUAGACCCAGUUCAACGCCGGUCACCACAAAUUGCCAGAAUGUACAAACUGAGAUCAAUGGUGUAGACGUAAAUGUGAUUGAUACCCCAGAUAUCUUUGAUGAUGACAUUGCACCAUCAGUUAGGGGCAAACAUGUGAAAAGGUGCAAGCAACUCUGUCAGUCAGGACCAUGUGUGUUUGUACUUGUGAUGCAUGUGAGCAGAUUUACAGAUGGUGAGAGAGACAUAAUGGAAAAGUUAGAAAAAGCUUUUGGGAGGGAAGUUAGAGGACGAACAAUCAUCCUGUUCACCCGAGGAAACGACUUGCAGCAGGCAGGAAUGGGCUUGGAGGAUUUUUUUCAUUCUUGCCAACCUGAUCUGAAGAAAAUGGUUGAAAAGUGUGGAAACAGGUGUGUUCUCUUUGAGAACAACAAAUCAGGUCCUGAUCAGGUUGAAAAACUAAUGACGGUGGUGAACACAAUACUCAAAGACCAGAAUAAUUUAUAAGUUAAAGUGCUUGGAAAUUGUUUUUUUCUUUUACGGAAAGAUAGACCGUUGAGUGAGUGAGUAUCAUGAAGAGGUAGAUGAUGCAAUACAGAUUUUUUGUUUUUUUCUUUAAUAGACUAGAUAAGAAUUAACUUACAGACGAGACAAGAUAAAUGAUCUUUUAUGGUUUAUUAUGAAUUUCUGCUAAAUGAGGUACUGAAAGCUUAUUAACCUUUGUAAACUGGAACAAACUACUUCAAUAAACUAAGAAACAAAGUGUCUCGUUGUUCUUUGGUCUCAUUCCGACCGUGUAAUAUACUGAUGAUUUGUUACGUCCCGAGGCCUUCCUCAGUAACGCAAAAGGUAACCUUCCGCGUUCCCGCUUUCAGUAUAAGACAUGGCAGGUUGUGGAUGGAAUCCAAUAGAUUGACGCUCCCGGUGGUAACACACGUUCCAGCCGUGUAUUACAACCCUAAUCCUAACCUUAAUCCCAACCAUAACCGUAUGCCUAACCUUAACCACCUUCUUAAUCGUGUUUUCCAAAGCAAUUACAGUAAAACAAAAGUACAUGUGUACAUUCAGUCCAAACAGUUCUCAUGUCUGGAUAGUCACGUUUGGAGAGUUGUAAUAAAAUUGGACGCAUUUCUUGUAAUGGCAGCUGGUCCAUCUAAAGUGUAAUGGAUGCAUUCUCUCCUAACGGAAAGUGUCCCAACUAUCUUUAAAGUCUUUUUGGGACACCACUCUGACAGCCAGAUAUUUAAGAAGAAGAGAGAUGAGAACAUGUAGCUAAACAUGUCACUCCUGGUCUGAUUGGGGAGGGAACCAGAGAAAACUCCAACACUGUUUUGGCAAAGUUACACACCUAUUCAAUAUUAAUUUUUGUGACCUCAAAUUCCCCACUCGGUGUGUCGCAGAGUGGGGAAAAACGUCCCCUCUACUGUCACUCAGCAAUCCUGCUUUUCUAGCUUCUCGGCACAACCUCCCAGGGGACUACGCUACCUUUGAUACACUGAUUACAGGAACCUGGCUAGCUAUGAGUUUUUCAAGGGUACAGUGCUGGGUCUCCAAUUCAGUGAUCCUGCCCUCCAGAGUUAUAGAACAUGCUAUAUUUAUUAAUGUAUCAAGUUCAUUUAUUAAAACAAUACUAUUAUUUUAAGUGUCAUUAUUACUAAAGAGACCGAAGAGCAAUCAUCGUACACAGUGAGCAGGAACUAGGCUUUCUGAUCACAAGGGCAGCAUUAGAAGUUAUUACAAGAGGUCCCCCAUAGUCAGACAUUUUUUAUCAGGUGUACAAGACAUUUAUUGAGCAUUGAAGACUAUGGCCUUAUUUUUGUGCCUGUAUUCUAAGCGCAUGCCAAAAAAUGCUGCAAGUGCAAAUGUUGCAUGUUGAGAAGAAAAUUAUUUUGAGCGAACAAAAUUCAUUGCUGCAUGCAAGAAAUGUAUUUGAGUGUUUGCUAUUAUCCAUACUGUCAUGGUACUGGGUCGUGUGACCCAGUGUUUGAGUUUUUAUGUAUCCUUUGUAUUCAUUUGUGUUCUAGUUUAGCUCAUCUAGUUAAUUUCUAGGUUGCAGUUUAGUCCUUUGUUUCUUAGUUGUUUCUGUCAUCUCCCCCUGUACUGUCUAACUGUCAUGUUUCAUGUCUGUGUGGUUCUUGUUGUCAAGUUCGUGUCAUGUCUAUGUCUCCAUGUUUCCUGUUUUAUUUUGAAAGAGUCCGGUGUUCUUUGUUCAUUGUAUUUAGCUUCACUGCCCCUGUCCUGUCAUUAGGUUCAUGUGUGUCAGCUGUUUUUCCUCUUGUGUUUUCUCUUCCCCUGAUCAUCCCUGUGAGUAUUUAGUCUCUGUGUUUCAUUCAGUCUGUGUCGCGUCGUCUGUGUACCUUCCCUCUGGUCAAGUUAAGUGUUUUUCCAGUUUAGGUUUUUAGUUAGUUGCGGUCUCGGCCCCUGUUAUGUUUUGUCUACUUUCCUCUGUAUCGGCCCAAAUAAAGGCUCGCUUUCAGUUUAAGUUCACUCCCGUCUCCUCACCUGUGUUCGCACCUGGGUCCACCAUACACACCUCUGCACGGUCUGUCUCCACAGACCGUGACAUAUAUGCUCAGUUGUUGGCAUUUGCUCUUGCCCAGAUCUCUGCUCUGUGUGCUGACAGACAUCUGUGGACCUGCUCUCGGUGUGUCGCUCUCGCUCUCAACAUCUCUGCACCACGCAUGCUCAACUCUUGUACCGUUAUAAGUGUGCCACAAAACCAACCAAUCACAGAUCUGGAUGGAAAAACUCUGAUUGGCCGUUACAGUCUUGAAUCAGCUUGCUAGCUACUGCAUUCUGGGAACACGGUCCAGGAUGUAGCUAUAUCUACUUUGGCUUAUUAUGUUUAAUUUUUUUUAUUUUAGAUAUUAUUAUAGAUAUAGUUUUUUAAGACCAUUGUUGGUUUUUAUAUAGUUUAAACUAAACCACUCCACUGGAUUUAGCCACAUUCUGGGCUGUUAUAGUGUGUGUAUAUUUGCACUUGCAAUUUUUUUUUAUAUGUGCUCAGAAUAGAGGCACAAAAAUAACACUAUAGAAGGCAGGUGGUUACUGACUGCUGAAACUCAUUCAAAGAGAGGAAUAUGAAUAAUACCAAACAUAAAAUACAGCAUGUCAUAUUUCCAAAAAGCUAAACAUGUAUUCCAAAACAGUAAAAAUCUAAAUGUUCAAUAGUUGAAGACACAUAGCAACAAGAGUUAUUGGUUCGCUGCAGCACAUAAGGAUAAUCAUUUAAAACAAAACAAAAGACAAGUCAAUAAUUCAUAAUUUAAUACUCCAAGAUACACUGUUUGCCACUGGUGUUUCCCAUAUGUGUUGACUGUUGACUUUUUUUUAAAUUCAUGUCUACCUGUUUUCUCUCCUUCUUUUCUCUUCAUUUAGAUGCAUUUAUGUGCAGCUGUUUUUGGAUGCACAUAACUAGGCAUCAUGUACUUUAUUGUUGAUAGACUGAUGAUUGCCAUCACCUGUGUUCACCAUAAACUAGGUCAAGGUGGUGCUUUCUCAGGAGUUACUCUCACAUGUGUAUCAGAAACAUGGAGGGAAGCCACAUGCUGAAAUGUGUCAGCGUCCAUUUGCUUUUCCAGUAAGAGUUAAAGUAUUUUAUCUGCAUCUGUGAGUGCCGAUGUUCUUGUUUAUCCAGUUUUGUGGUUUUGUUCAAUUGAGCAUUUUAAGAUAUGAAUAAAUAUAAAUAUUAAUAAAUAAUAACAAAGUUCGAUAGUGGUUAGAUCACUGGAAGAAAACUGAGACAGCUUUCACUUUUCAUUACAGAAGAAUUUAAAUGUUUUUGUUAGACACAAGAGGCUACUAAAACAACCAACUUAUUGUGUGCAAUUAACCUCAGACAGGUCUGUUCUGCUAUUUUAACAGUUGACCCAGCCCUGCUCUCCUGUCACCACAUCAUAAAACAAUCUCGUGAGAGUCUUCAGCUUCUUAGAUCGAAACAAACAUGCUGGCAUGAGACUGAAACAAAUAUAACAGAAAGUUGGACAGUGAUGUGAAAAUACCUGUAACACCUGUGGGUUACACCCUAAAUGUUUUCAUUCACUCGUGUUAAUGAGCUAACAAUGAACCACAAGUACUGAGGAAGUCUGUUGUCAAGAAAUAUUAUGUCAGUCAAAUCUUGUGAUGGAGAAACGCACAAAGUUCUGUGUGAAU